GAAAAGAAAGAAAAAGAAAAAGAAAAAGAAAAAGAAGAAGAAGAAGAAGAAGAAAAAGAAAAAGAGGAAGAGGAAGAGGAAAAGAUGAAAAAAAAUAUAUAUACAUAUAUAUAUUUAUGAAAGAGUGUUACAAGUGAAUGGAUUGAGGAUUUAUUCGGAAAGAAAAGAAAUUCGGAUCUUGGUUGAAAGAUUUGUGUAAAUAGAUAACAAAGAAACAAAGCAGGUAGCAAACCAUCCCUAAGGGAUUUUUCUUAUAUAUUAGAAAGAUUCUUUCAAGAAGAUACAUGUGUAUAUAUAUAUAUAUGUGUGUGUGUGUGUGUAUAUACAUAUAUACAUAUAUAUUUCAUUGUGAGAAAAGAUAAAGAGAGCGAAAAAUAUUCGACACGUUAUACAUACAAAUUACUAGAGUCAGUGAACUCAUCCGGAGAUCACGAUCGGUGCUAUAUACUAUUCAGACUAUCUACCUAACUUAAGAAUUUUUACGUUAAUAUUUUCAUUUUGAACGACCACCAAGGAACUUUCUCAGAGAUAAUUGAAUAAAAUAGCUAAUACAUUUUAAUUUUGAAAUAAGGAUUGUCUCUGAAAAGAUGGAAAAUUGUGAUAUCGAUUUUAAGAAAGCAUAUAACGGAUCAAACGUGUUUAGAUUUAUUUGUCCUAACGCGAACACGUAAGUGAUAUAUAGUUCGAGAAGCUCAUAUAAUAAUUUAUGUUACGUGGAUGUUAACUUAAUCUUGAUUAAUGGUUCUUGAAAGUGCAUUUACCAGAGAUAGUAACAGGUGUUACUAUUAUAUUUAUGUAAUCAAUCAAUUAAAUAUCUAAUUCCAGAUUAUCGAUACAGUUUGAUUUAAAAAAAAGAAAAAAAAAGAAAAAGAAAAACUAAAAAAGAAUUAAAAAUACAUACUAAUAUAUUAAAUAAAAAUAUCAUACUUUCGUUCAAUUCGUAAGAUAACGACGUUCUAAAUUUAUAAUAUUAGAAAUUUUAGAUUCUCAUGAAAGUCCUUCAUAUUUACGAAAAGGAAUAUUUUUAAAACCAUAUCUUAAAUCUGCUCUACAUUUGUCUCUUUUCUUGAUGGAUAACCGCUAAACCGAUAAAUCAGACCUAUCUGUUUAUCUUCAUCAAAGGAACAGGUUUCUUAAAAGCGCGAUAGAUAAAUCGAUAGUUUUUCUCCUACCUGACUAAUACGAAAGAGAUCGAUGCGAAUAAACAAAAAAGGAUUGAGCAAAUUUACUAUAGAUGUAUAUAAAUACAAAAGUUAUAAAAUAUACGUUCUUCGAUCGAAAGAAAAUAAAUGUUUUGGUUCAACGUAGAAAGUUGAUAAAUUUUAACACAAAAAAAUAGCCGUAAAAACAUUCCAGAUUUUUAUUUUAAUCUUCAUUACAUCGUACAUAGCUUGUAGAAAAAUAGAAUAAAAGUAAUUAAUAUAAAAUAAAUAUUAGAACAAAACGACGAUUAAACUUAAAUAAACGACGGACACUCUCAUUAGUUUCUUUCGUAGACGAAUAAGAAUUUAUUAUAUUAUAUUAUAUUAUAUUAUAUUAUAUUAUAUAUAGAUAUAUAUACAUAUAUAUAUAUAUAUAUAUCGCUUCUUCCAUUAUCCUUAGAUUUAUUUAAACAUCUAUUAUUUUCACCAUAAACAAGCCGCUGUUCACAUUUCAUUUGCAUUGCAUCAUCAUCUCAUUCGAUAAUUCUGAGAGAGUAUUUAUAUCGAGCAUUUAUGUUAGCGUGCAAUUAUGAAUGAACGAGGGUUUAACUUCCCGUAAACAUUGUGCUUACCAUAGUAUUACAAAAUUAGAAAGAAAAUUUGAAGAUCCUUGAAAAAGGAAAAUCUAUAAAUAUAUAUCGAUUAAAACUUAUCGAAUAAAUCAUUAAUCAUUGUGAUUAACGUACAAGAACUAAAUAGUAUCUGUAAACGAAGAUAUCGAAGAAACAUAUAACGAGAAAUCUAAAAUUCGAACAACGUAGCUAACAGUAAAAGAAGCAAUCUGCACAUCAUCCUGAAUCAAUAAGACGACAAGUGACGGAAAUCGUUCACCCCUACAAAGGAUUCUUAUAAACCUUGUCACGAGGUGACCUCAAAUAAAGCCGUGUAAAGUCGUCUGUUCUUUUUUUUUUUCUUACUUUUGCAUAAAAAGGUUUCACUGAUAUACGAUUGAUCAUAAGUAAAUAUUUAUCAUAACAUAAGAACGAUCGUAUACACAUCAUGUUUUGGAGAACGUCUAAUGUUCUAACUAACUCAAAGUGUAUUCAAAUAUCAGCUACGAUUAGUGCUUUACCACGUGUACGAAGAUCAGCGAGUUCUAUUGUUACUUGGACGAAUGUAACAAACGCGUACGUUCACAGAAACGUCAGUUACGAGACAUCAAUUGAAUUUGAAGAAGAAUCCUUCGAAGCUUGUAGUUCGGUGUACUUUCUGCUUGAAUUGUUCCACAUGUACUACAUACCGGCCAUAAUCCUUUUAGGACUGGUUGGAAAUCUUUUAUCAUGCGUUGUCUUUUUGAAUACCCAUCUAAAAAUGCGAAGUUCAAGUUAUUAUUUAGCGGCACUGGCUACGGCUGAUUUUGGAUUUUUGGUCUCCCUUCUUCUGGUUUGGCUCAAUAACACCGUUGGCUGGAUGGUAUUCAACAAAGACGGCUGGUGCGAGACUUUGGUCUACGUCAGUGCUGUUUGUAGCUCUCUUAGCGUUUGGCUGAUCGUCGCCUUUACCGUAGAAAGAUUCAUAGCCGUGCAAUACCCAUUGCAUCGGCCUCACAUGUGCACAAUAGCACGGGCAAAGGCUAUCGUCUUGAUACUAGUUAUACUUGCCUUAGCAAGUCAUUCUUACGCUUUUGUUACCGCCGGCGUCGUCAAGAUUCACGAUGGCUAUGAAUUAUGCGAUCUCAAGAUAGAAUAUCUUGAGACUAUGAGGAUCAUCAGUAUCAUCGAUAGCAUAGCCAGUUUGAUAGCACCGCUUGUACUUAUCAUCAUUAUGAAUACAAUGAUAAUGAGAAAUCUUCUUAGAUUUACUAGAAGAUUCAAACAAGCACCGAGUGUAUCCACCACCUGUCAAAGCAGAGAAAGAUCCGAAAUUAAUCUAAACCAAAUUCCGAGUGCCAGUAGCAGUCACAAUGGUGCCGGCGGUAUCAAUAUGGGUGCGAUCAUUGAGGGACGUAGGCCACCCUCUCAGCAAUCUUUUCACUCUUCGAAAACCAACCAUUCUCAAAAUUCAAGGCAUCAGCCUACAUCGAUCGCAGUACCACCGUCUACACCAAGAAAUGCUUGCCAACUACCCGAAAUAGCGGCUCGAUGUAUACACGUACGAUCAUCCUCGCGAAAUCUCGUAUCAACUAGAAAUCAACAAAGUAUUACAAAAAUGCUCUUAUUGAUCAGUACUGUUUUUAUCAUUCUCAAUUCUCCGAGCUACGUGAUACGCUUAUGCGUCUUCUUCUUCACUCUUGCACGAAGAGAUACACCCGCUCUACUUUGGUGUCUUCAACAGUUUUUCAUGCUUCUUUACUACACUAACUUCAGUAUCAAUUUUCUCCUAUACGCCAUGUGCGGUAUCACGUUUCGACGCUGUUUGGAACAACUGUUGCGUAAAGUUUUAAAAAGCAUGACCAGGUAUCACUGUAAUCCUCAGAGAUACAUAUAGAUAUUCCAUCAUCAUCGAUCCAGAAGGAGCCGGACAGAAACGAUUAUUAUGAUGAACGUUAGAGAACCGGCUAAUUCAUAAAUGAUAGUUGAAAUGCGAUCAUCGACGUCCUCAUCAGAGUAACGUCUAUAAAUUUGCUCAAUUUAUCAAAGACUGAAAAAGGAAAAUAAAAUGUUUGACCAUAAUUCACGAUCAAUAUCAAAACCUCUCGAUGGUUCCUCGAGAUUAUUGACGCUCCACAAAUGGAUAGCCAUGACAACUGCAAAAAUAAUAGACAUUAAUGAAAUUAUUUCUAUCGUAACUUUCGAUAUACAUCGUCUAUUCACGGUUUAAAUUAAUGUCGAUGGGACACAUCUGGUACUUGAAUUGCAAUGUCAUCGAUAUGGGAUAUCAGGGGUGUUGUCGAGUGGUAACAGGGUAGUGAUAUGCACAACAUUAUUACUAUCUCUGUGUACAUGCUGAUCGAUAGUUACUUAAAGAUAAAGCUACUCGUCUGUUGCAACGGCUUAUGAUAAACAAGAUUAUUUGAGUAUACUUUAUAAGAUUAUGUAUAAUAUACAUGAAAUAUAGACGGCGAGAAUAUUAAUAAUCAUGAUAACGUUGAAUCUCAUAGAAUUCUUUUUUGAAUUUUAUUUUAACUUUAAUAUCCCUCGAUGAUGUAUCCCUCGAUCGUCAAAUUUAAUACAAUAUUUUAUAUUGAAUUAUUUAUUAUCUUACAUUACACUAUAACUCUGUAUCAAUAUAUUAUACGUAUAAUUAUAUUCGAAUUGAGAAAAAUAUUCUCUUCGAGUGUAUCGUUAUCAAGAUAUCAUAUCCAAAGCUUAUUAUUAAAAGAUCUAGUAACAGGAAAUAAAGAAAGUUUAACAUCA